AUGGCACAGCGGAGCGGGCAGGAGGACCCCGAGCGGUACCUCUUUGUGGACCGGGCCGUCAUUUACAACCCAGCCACUCAGGCUGACUGGACAGCCAAGAAGCUGGUGUGGGUUCCCUCGGAGCGGCAUGGCUUUGAGGCGGCCAGCAUCCGAGAGGAACGCGGGGAAGAGGUGCUGGUGGAGUUGGCGGAAAAUGGCAAGAAAGCUCUGGUGAAUAAGGAUGACAUCCAGAAGAUGAACCCGCCCAAAUUCAGCAAAGUGGAGGACAUGGCUGAACUCACCUGUCUGAACGAAGCCUCCGUGCUGCACAACCUGAAGGACCGGUACUACUCUGGUCUCAUUUAUACCUACUCUGGACUUUUCUGUGUGGUCAUAAACCCUUAUAAAAACCUGCCCAUUUACUCAGAGAACAUCAUCGAAAUGUACAGAGGAAAGAAGAGACAUGAAAUGCCCCCACACAUCUAUGCCAUCUCAGAGUCCGCCUACAGAUGCAUGCUCCAAGACCGUGAAGACCAGUCUAUUCUUUGCACAGGUGAAUCAGGUGCAGGCAAGACAGAAAACACUAAAAAAGUCAUCCAGUACCUGGCACAUGUCGCUUCCUCGCACAAGGGGAGGAAAGACCACAACAUUCCACCAGAGUCUCCUAAAGCAGUCAAACUCCAGGGAGAGUUAGAGCGUCAGCUCCUGCAAGCGAACCCCAUCCUGGAAUCUUUUGGCAAUGCCAAGACUGUGAAAAAUGACAACUCAUCACGUUUUGGGAAGUUCAUCCGCAUCAACUUUGACGUCACGGGUUACAUUGUGGGGGCCAACAUUGAGACUUAUCUUCUUGAAAAGUCCAGAGCCAUUCGCCAAGCCAAAGAUGAACGCACCUUCCACGUCUUCUACCAGCUGCUUGCUGGAGCUGGAGAGCACCUCAAAUGUGAUCUACUCCUGGAGGGCUUCAAUAACUACCGCUUCCUGUCCAAUGGCAACAUUCCUAUUCCCGGCCAACAGGACAAGGAUAACUUCCAGGAGACCAUGGAAGCUAUGCAUAUCAUGGGCUUCUCCCAUGAUGAGAUCUUAUCUAUGCUGAAGGUAGUGUCUUCUGUUCUUCAGUUCGGCAACAUUGUGUUCAAGAAAGAGAGAAACACGGACCAGGCCUCCAUGCCUGAGAACACAGCUGCUCAAAAACUCUGUCAUCUGCUGGGCAUGAAUGUAAUGGAGUUCACAAGAGCCAUCCUAACCCCAAGAAUCAAAGUGGGCAGAGAUUAUGUACAGAAAGCCCAGACAAAAGAACAGGCUGACUUUGCAGUGGAGGCCCUGGCCAAGGCAACAUAUGAAAGGCUGUUCCGUUGGCUUGUUCAUCGCAUCAACAAAGCACUAGAUAGGACCAAACGGCAGGGAGCCUCCUUCAUUGGCAUCCUGGAUAUCGCCGGCUUUGAAAUCUUCCAGCUGAACUCCUUUGAACAACUCUGCAUCAACUACACCAAUGAGAAGCUACAGCAGCUCUUCAACCACACCAUGUUCAUCCUGGAGCAGGAGGAAUACCAGAGAGAAGGCAUCGAGUGGAGCUUCAUUGACUUUGGACUUGAUUUGCAACCUUGCAUCGAUCUGAUUGAGAGACCAGCAAACCCCCCAGGUGUAUUGGCCUUGCUUGAUGAGGAAUGCUGGUUCCCCAAAGCCACAGACAAGACAUUUGUGGAUAAGCUGGUACAGGAGCAGGGCACUCACACUAAGUUCCAGAAACCUCGGCAGCUGAAGGACAAGGCUGAUUUCUGUAUCAUUCACUACGCUGGCAAGGUGGACUAUAAAGCAGAUGAGUGGCUUAUGAAGAACAUGGACCCUCUCAAUGACAACGUGGCUACGCUGCUUCACCAAUCCACCGAUAAAUUUGUAGCAGAGCUUUGGAAGGAUGAGAUUCAGAUUAUUCAAAGAGCGUCAUUCUAUGAUGUCUCUAGUCUCCAUGACUGUCCAGUGGACCGCAUUGUUGGCUUGGACCAGGUGGCCGGAAUGAACGAAACAGCAUUUGGUGCCACUUACAAGACCAAGAAGGGCAUGUUCCGCACUGUGGGCCAGCUCUACAAAGAGUCCCUGACUAAGCUUAUGGCAACCCUGAGAAAUACCAACCCCAAUUUUGUCCGCUGCAUCAUUCCCAACCACGAGAAAAGGGCAGGGAAGCUGGAGCCCCACUUGGUGCUGGAUCAGCUGAGAUGUAACGGAGUUCUGGAAGGAAUCCGUAUCUGCAGACAGGGCUUCCCCAACCGCAUUGUCUUCCAAGAGUUUAGACAAAGAUAUGAGAUCCUUACUCCCAAUGCAAUCCCUAAGGGCUUCAUGGAUGGCAAACAGGCUUGUGAGAGGAUGAUCCAAGCCUUAGAACUUGAUGCAAACCUGUUCCGGAUUGGGCAGAGUAAGAUCUUUUUCCGCACGGGAGUUCUUGCUCACCUUGAGGAGGAGCGGGACUUGAAGAUCACUGAUAUCAUCAUCUACUUCCAGUCUGUGUGCCGAGGAUACUUGGCUCGAAAGGCCUUUGCAAAGAAGCAACAACAGCUGAGUGCUCUGAAAGUCCUUCAGCGGAACUGUGCUGCUUACCUUAAAUUACGCCAUUGGCAGUGGUGGAGGCUCUUCACUAAGGUGAAACCUUUGCUACAGGUGACCAGGCAAGAGGAGGAGCUGCAGGCCAAAGAUGAGGAGCUGAUUAAAGUGAAAGAAAGACAGACCAAGGUGGAGAAUGAACUAGUGGAAAUGGAGCGUAAACAUCAACAGCUCCUCGAGGAGAAGAACAUUCUAGCAGAGCAGCUGCAGGCUGAGACAGAGCUCUUUGUAGAGGCUGAGGAGAUGCGUGCACGCCUGGUCGCCAAGAAACAAGAGCUGGAGGAGAUCCUCCAUGACCUGGAGUCGCGCGUAGAGGAAGAGGAGGAACGUAACCAGAGCUUGCAAAAUGAGAAGAAGAAGAUGCAGACGCACAUACAGGACCUGGAGGAGCAGUUGGAUGAGGAAGAGGCAGCUAGGCAGAAGCUUCAGCUAGAAAAAGUAACAGCUGAAGCUAAGAUAAAGAAGAUGGAAGAGGACAUUUUGCUGCUGGAGGACCAAAACUCCAAAUUCCUAAAGGAGAAGAAGCUUCUGGAGGAUCGAGUCAGUGAGAUGACCUCUCUGCUUGCUGAGGAAGAGGAGAAGGCCAAGAACCUCAGCAAAGUGAAGAACAAGCAAGAGAUGAUGAUGGUUGACCUUGAAGAGCGUCUGAAGAAAGAAGAGAAGACUAGGCAAGAGCUAGAGAAAGCCAAGCGAAAGCUGGAUAGUGAAACCACAGAUCUUGCAGAUCAGAUCGCUGAGCUGCAGGCCCAAAUAGAGGAACUCAAAGUCCAACUGGCCAAGAAGGAGGAAGAGCUUCAGCUCGCACUGGCAAGGGGCGAUGAAGAGGUGGCCCAGAAGAACAAUGCUUUGAAGCAAGUGCGGGAGCUACAGGCUCAGCUUGCGGAGCUUCAGGAGGACUUGGAGUCAGAGAAAGCAGCUCGAAACAAAGCUGAGAAGCUCAAAAGAGAUCUAAGCGAGGAACUGGAGGCCCUGAAGACCGAGUUGGAAGACACCCUGGACACCACUGCAGCCCAGCAGGAACUCAGGACCAAGCGUGAGCAGGAAGUGGCUGAGCUGAAGAAAGCCAUCGAUGAGGAGACCAGGAAUCAUGAGGCCCAGAUCCAAGACAUGAGACAAAGGCAUGCCGUAGCCCUAGAGGAGCUCUCUGAGCAGCUAGAGCAGGCCAAAAGGUUCAAGUCUAACCUGGAGAAGAGCAAGCAGACACUGGAGAGUGAUAACAAAGAACUAUCCAGUGAAGUAAAGGUGUUACAGCAGGCCAAGGCUGAGUCUGAGCACAAGAGGAAGAAGCUGGAAGGUCAGCUUCAAGAAUUCAUGGCCAGGUUCAGUGAAGGAGAAAGGCUCAAGGGCGAACUAGCUGACCGCUCCCACAAACUGCAGUCUGAGCUGGACAAUGUUUCCACACUACUGGAGGAUGCUGAGAAGAAGGGAAUCAAGUUGGCCAAAGAUGCUGCCAGCCUUGAGAGUCAACUUCAGGACACACAGGAACUGCUCCAGGAGGAGACACGUCAGAAGCUGAACCUCAGCAGCCGUAUCCGCCAGCUUGAAGAGGAGAGGAAUAGCCUGCAGGAGCAGCAAGAGGAGGAGGAGGAAGCACGCAGGAGCCUGGAGAAACAGCUGGCCACCCUUCAUGCUCAGCUUGUGGACACCAAGAAGAAACUGGAGGAUGACGUGGGCACUCUGGAGGGCCUGGAGGAGUCGAAGAGGAAGCUACAAAAGGACAUGGAAUGCACCACCCAGAGACUGGAGGAAAAGGCCAUGGCCUACGACAAGCUGGAGAAGACCAAGAACCGGCUCCAGCAGGAGCUGGAUGAUCUGAUGGUUGACCUAGACCAUCAGAGACAGAUCGUCUCCAAUCUGGAGAAGAAGCAAAAGAAAUUUGACCAGAUGCUAGCCGAGGAGAAGAACAUCUCUGCACGCUAUGCUGAGGAACGAGACCGAGCAGAGGCAGAGGCCAGAGAGAAGGAGACCAAGGCCCUGUCCAUGGCCCGCGCACUUGAGGAAGCUCUGGAGGCCAAAGAAGAAUUUGAGAGGCUUAACAAGCAACUUCGCUCUGAGAUGGAAGACUUGAUGAGCUCCAAGGAUGACGUUGGCAAGAAUGUCCAUGAGCUGGAAAAGUCCAAACGCACUCUGGAGCAGCAGGUGGAGGAGAUGAAGACCCAGCUGGAGGAGCUGGAGGAUGAGUUGCAGGCCACGGAGGACGCCAAACUCCGCCUGGAGGUCAACAUGCAGGCCAUGAAGGCUCAGUUUGACAGGGACCUUCAGACCAGAGAUGAGCAGAAUGAGGAGAAGAAGAGGAUGCUGGUCAAACAGGUGCGGGAGAUGGAAGCUGAGCUGGAGGACGAGCGGAAGCAGAGGGCCCUGGCAGUAGCGGCCAAAAAGAAACUUGAGAUGGACCUCAAAGACCUAGAGGCUCAGAUCGAAGCAGCAAACAAAGCCAGGGAUGAGGCCAUCAAACAGCUCCGCAAGCUCCAGGCUCAGAUGAAGGACUACCAGAGAGAGCUAGAAGAGGCCCGUGCUUCCCGGGAUGAGAUCUUCGCCCAGUCCAAGGAAAACGAGAAGAAGUUGAAGAGCUUAGAGGCUGAAAUUCUACAACUCCAGGAGGACUUCGCUGCCUCGGAGAGAGCUCGUCGCCAUGCGGAGCAGGAGAGAGAUGAGCUGGCGGACGAGAUCUCCAACAGCACCUCCGGCAAGUCGGCUUUACUGGAUGAGAAGAGGAGGCUGGAGGCUCGUAUUGCACAGUUGGAGGAGGAACUAGAGGAGGAACAGAGUAACAUGGAGGUGCUGAAUGAACGAUUCCGCAAGACCACUUUGCAGGUGGACACCCUGAACACCGAACUGGCCAGUGAACGCAGUGCCGCUCAGAAGAGUGAGAAUGCCAGACAGCAGCUGGAACGCCAGAACAAGGAGCUUAAAACUAAGCUACAAGAACUGGAGGGAUCAGUGAAAUCCAAAUUUAAAGCCUCUAUCGCCGCCCUGGAGGCCAAGAUCAUUCAGCUGGAGGAACAGCUAGAACAGGAGGCCAAGGAGAGAGCAGCAGCCAAUAAGCUUGUUCGACGCACAGAGAAGAAGCUGAAAGAGGUGUUCAUGCAAGUGGAGGAUGAGCGUCGUCAUGCCGACCAGUACAAGGAGCAAAUGGAAAAGGCCAAUUCCAGGAUGAAGCAGCUGAAGAGGCAGCUGGAGGAGGCUGAGGAGGAAGCCACCCGAGCAAACGCCUCGCGCAGGAAGCUGCAGAGGGAACUGGAUGACGCCACAGAAGCCAGCGAGGGCCUGAGCCGCGAGGUCAACUCGCUGAAGAACCGUCUGAGACGCGGCGGACCCGUCAGUUUUUCCUCCAGCCGCUCCGGCCGGCGGCAGCUGCAGGUGGAGGGCGAGUUCUCUGAUGACGACGCGGACAGCAAAGCCAGCGACCUGAAUGAGACUCAGCCCUCCCAAGCCGAGUAGAGCGCCUCCCCUCGUUUCCGUUCCUUAGCCCGCCUGACUGCUUGCCGGCCAGCCCGGGCACCACAGAACCUCCGACUCCCUCUGCUCAGGAGCCAGUCCUUCAGGGAGAA